AUGAUAAGCGGCCUAAUUGGUAAGUUCAAAAUGAUAUUUUCCACUAACGGAAAAUAUGGUCAGGUGGAGUCGCUUGUGUUUAUGUGGGUCAGCCAAUGGAUACAAUCAAAGUAAAAAUGCAAACGUUUCCAGAUCUCCACAAAAAUGCAUUUGCUUGCAUUAAAAAUAUAUGGGUGAAGGAAGGAGUUUUUCGCG